AGCCACGCCCUCUUUUGUUCCGCACACACACACACACACACACAGGUCACAGACGCACACACACUGCCUGUGUGCUCCGAUCAACUUGUUUGCUGGUCACCUUGUUGUCUUACCUCCUCGUCCCCUAGGGUCCUUGCCUCCUAGUCUCGUCGUCUGCUGCUCUCCGCUCCACGAUGAAUCCAGAGUAUGACUACCUGUUCAAGCUUCUGUUGAUCGGUGAUUCUGGAGUUGGCAAGUCAUGUCUGCUGCUUCGCUUUGCGGACAACACCUACACGGAGACGUACAUCUCCACCAUCGGAGUGGACUUCAAGAUCCGGACGAUCGACAUGGACGGCAAGACGGUGAAACUCCAGAUCUGGGACACGGCAGGGCAGGAGAGGUUUCGAACCAUCACCUCCAGCUACUACAGAGGAGCACACGGCAUCAUCAUUGUCUAUGAUGUCACCGAGCAGGAGUCCUACAAUAACAUCACCCAGUGGCUGCAGGAGAUCGAACGAUACGCCUGCCAGAACGUCUCCAGGCUGUUGCUAGGCAACAAGUGCGACCUGGUCGCUAAGAAAGUGGUCGCCUCCUCCACCGCCCAGGAGUUGGCCUCCUCUCUCCACAUCCCCUUUAUUGAGACCAGUGCUCGGAGCUCCGAUAACGUGGAGCGAGCCUUCCUCACCAUGGCGUCGGAGAUCCACCGCCGGCUGGCCAGCGACGGCGGGAUGCAGGCCGAAGCCGCCAGAGCCCGCGGGGCCCAGAUCAACAGCGCCCCCCUGUGGCCUGCCGGCGAACCGCAGCCCCGACCGGAGGAUACUGGUAGCUGCUGCUAGGGGCUGUCUUUUGAGCCAAGGAACCCGGGUUUCCGAGUCCUACCCCCGGGCAGGCCUGCUUUGAGCUGGUACCUUUUGCUCGUAGCACGCAACUUUUGUGUGGUGGAAAUAUAAUAUUAGUUUCGAUUAAAACUGUUGCCAGUUAUG